AUGAUCAUCAUCGCACUUGGGGCCUUGCAAAGAUUUUUCCUCCUCCGUGAUCUGCAAAUAAAUGCUAACAAAUCCAAAUUAAUCCAAAAAAAAAAGAGAGGAAGGGAUUCGAAUCCCACUCCUAUUUUUCCCACGAUUAAAAACCGCCCCCAUGAAUCUCUCCCUAAAUUAAGCUACCCAUCAGCCACCUUCCCCCUAUUAUAUACUUUUCCUAAAUCAGAUUUCCCCUAUUCUCACACCUCUGCAACCGAGCCGCAUCUCUGCAACAAGAAUUCAGGGAAAUUUCUCCUUUUGAAAUCCACGGCAGAAUUCGAAGAGUGCCGAAUUCUCAAUUCAGUCCUAACUGUGAAAUCGAAAUUCUCAGCUUCAAAGAGCCUCCCAUUUCAGCUUUGUGAACUCCACAACCAAGUCCUACUCAAGGAGGUUGAGCGGCGACGAGCAAUUGGUGGUGUUGAGCAAUUUAAAAUUGAAGCAUGGUUUGCUUGGCUCCCGGGAGCUCAAUCCAUCGAUGAGCUCCCAAGGAGGGUUCAUGUUGGGAUACCGUUUACUCUUUCUGAUGUGAUCGUUGUUAGCUUGGUUGUAAGAUUCAUCAUGGGGUUUCUCGGCGGGAUGUGGUUCCUGAUCUACAAAUUCCGGAGAAGGCAUUUGUCCGAGUACGAGGAUGUAGAGAGCUUCCUACAAAAUGACAACCAUUUGUCCCCUAUCAGGUACUCCUACUCAGACAUAAAGAAGAUGACUAGAAAUUUUCGAGAAAAACUAGGUGAAGGUGGUUUCGGCUCUGUUUACAAAGGAAAGCUUCGGAGUGGCCAUUACGUAGCAGUCAAGCUUCUGGGAAAAGUCAACAUAAAUGACAAAGAUUUCAUCAAUGAAAUCGGAACAAUUGGGAGGAUCCAUCAUGUCAAUGUUGUCCAACUUGUUGGAUAUUGUGCAGAGAGAUCCAAGCGUGUACUCAUUCUCGAUUUCAUGCCAAAAGGUUCUCUUGACAAGUACAUCUUGAACCCAGAAAAAGCAUCUUCAUUGGAUUGGGGUAUGAAAUUCAAGAUUGCAGUUGGAGUGGCUCGAGGGAUUCAAUAUUUGCAUUGUGGUUGUGAUAUCAAGAUCUUGCAUUUUGAUAUCAAACCUCACAAUAUACUUCUUGAUGACAAGUUUGUCCCCAAGGUCUCUGAUUUCGGGCUAGCAAAGUUAUGCUUAGUAGGUAAGGACACAGUGACGAUGACUGCUGCUAGAGGCACUAUAGGCUAUGUUGCUCCGGAACUCAUCAACAGAAGCAUUGGCCUAGUGUCUCACAAGGCCGAUGUGUACAGUUUUGGGAUGCUAUUGAUGGAUAUGGCGGGCGUAAACAGAGAGUUGAGGGGAAACAAAGAUGAUUCAACCAAGUAUUUCCCUGAUUGGAUAUAUGAUUGCAUUAACAAAGGCGUGGGGAUAGGAAUUGUUGAAGAAGAGGACAACAAUGUUGAUGAUGAAAAUGGGAUUGGGAAGAGUGUACUUGAGAAGAUGACAAUAGUUGGGUUGUGGUGCAUACAAAUGAAUCCAGAUAAUCGUCCAUCAAUGAAUAAAGUGUUGGAGAUGUUGGAAGGUGAUGUUGAAGAUUUGAAGAUUCCGGAGCAUCCAUCUCACUUAGUAAACGAGGACAAGAGUCGGGCUGCAGAUUCAGCUGGUUCUGAAUCGCAAUUGGAUUAUGACAACGGUAGUGUCAUUGAGAUUAGUAUAGCUUGAAUCUGUAUUAUCCGAUGUUGUGAUGUUUUUGCUUGAAACGGAUGGGCAUCUUUAGUCCUCCAUCAAUCUCUUGCUUGUAUCAAAUUUGUUGUCCCAAUUUCCUUUUCAUUUUUAGU